AGAGGAGGGCGGGGCUCCCAGCAUCAUCACCACCGGCCAUCACUGCUUCAUUGUACGGCUGCUGCUGAUGCUGAGAUCGUAGCGGAGGAGGCGAAUCUGUUUUAGAAGAAAAAAAAGAGGGGGGAGAAUGCCAUGGACACGGUUUCACACAGAUUAGGACUUCACACAUUAUGAGAAUCCGUUACGAGCCAUUGUUUCUAUUAGGAGAAUGAGGAAGAGGAGGAGCUGGAAACCUUGGGAGCGCCUCGGAAAGUUUUUAUGAAGUCUCAAUGAAAGCAUUGGAAGAGCCUCUCUAGUUUCUGACUCAAUGGCGAAGAAAGGGCGUACGAAGGGCGAGAAGCCCGAAGCGCUCAUCUCUGCCCUACAGGCAGCCAAUGAAGAUCUCAGGUCCAAGCUGACUGACAUUCAGAUAGAGCUACACCAAGAAAAAUGCAAGGUGAGCAAGCUGGAGCGCGACAAAGUGCAAGAGGUGAAGCGGGUGCGAGAGCAGGAGCAGCACCGUCACACUGCCAUGCUAACGGAGCAGCGGGCCAAGUGGCACGAGGACAAGCAAAAAGAGCUCCAGGCUCUCAGGGAAAACCUGACACGGCAGCACGAGCAGGAGCUGGCCCGCCACGCCAAAAUCAAAGACCAGGAGAACCAGAGGCUGAAAGCAGCACUGAGCGCCAUGCGAGACGGCAGCGGAGAGAAGGUGCGCACAGCUCUGACCCUGGAAGCCAAGGAGGAGGCCCGGCGCUUCUUUGACCAGGAGAGAGUGAAGCUCCUGCAGGAGAUAGCAGAGCUGAAGAAUGUCAAGAAGCAGACCGACGAGGCUCUCAGCAACAUGAUCCAAGCCGACAAGAUGAAGGCCGGAGACCUGCGGGUGGAGCACCAGCAGCACCAGGAGCAGAUCUCCAAGAUCAAGUGGGACUGUGAGAGGGACAUCCGCAGACUGGUGGAUGAGAUCAAAUCUAAAGACCGGACCAUUUUUGCUCUGGAGAAGGAACUGGAGUCAACGUCGGGUUUCUUACAGAAGCUGCAGCUCCAGAAGGACGCCCUGGAUGAGCAGCUGUUCCUUGUCAAGGAGGCUGAGUGCGGCCUGGGCAGCCCGAAAAGAGAGAUUCCAGGAAGAGCUGGAGACGGUGCAGAGCACUGUGGCAGCCCAGACCUCCGAAGAAACCAGAGACGCUUAGCUGAACUCAACUCCACCAUACGCAAAUUGGAAGACCGCAACUCGCUGCUGGUGGACGAGAGAAAUGAACUGCUGAAGCGAGUUAGAGAGUCGGAGAAACAGUGCAAGCCGCUGUUGGACAAGAACAAACUGAUGGGUAAGAGAAAUGACGAUUUGACCCAGACGAUCCAGAAGCUGGAGGAGAAGCUGAAGAGUCUGGUGAAGGAGAACCUUGAGAUGAAGGAGAGGAUAAGCUCUCAUCCGCCACUGAAGAAGCUGAAGUCUCUGAAUGACCUGGACCAAGCCCAUGAUGACCAGGAAAUAGCCUUUCUCAAGCUUCAAGUCCUGGAGCAACAAAGCAUGAUUGAUGAACUGACAAGAGACCGAGAAAAGCUGCUAAGAAAGAAAAGGCAUAAAAGAAGUUCAAGGCCGAUAAAGCGGCAUAUUGUGGUUGACACUUUCUUCGGGUAUGAUGAAGAGUCUAUGGACUCUGAGACAUCUUCAGUGGCUUCAUUCCGAAUGGACAGAACUCCUGCCACUCCUGAUGAAGAUCUGGACGAGGGUUUAGCAAAUGAGGAAUCAGAGCUUCGUUUCCGUCAGCUGACCAGGGAAUAUCAGGCCUUACAGCGAGCCUAUGCCCUGCUGCAGGAACAGAAAGGAGGCAUACUGGAUGCUGAGAUGGAAGCCAAGGCUCAAGAGCAGCUCCAAGCAGACGUUCUCAGGUAUAAAGCCAAAAUAGAGGACCUGGAGAAGGAGCUAACCUUGAAGGGACAGGACUCCAAAUGGGUUGAAGAGAAGCAGCUGUUCUUACGAAGGAAUCAGGAGUUAUUAGAGAAGGUGGAAAAGUUGGAGUCUGACAGCAGUCGGCUGCAGCAAGAGCUUCAAGACUCCAGAGACCAAAAUGAACUGUUAGAAUUUAGGAUACUGGAGCUGGAGGAACGCGAAAGGAGGUCGCCUCCUUUCAACCAUCUGAGGAUGCAUCCCUUCUCAGAGGGAGUCAGUGCUCUGCAGAUCUACUGUAUGAAGGAAGGAGUCAAGGACGUGUGCAUACCAGAUCUCAUCAAACUGCUAGAUAUCCUUGGAGACAACGGGAACUUAAGGAACGAGGAGCAAGUGGCUAUAAUUCAGGCCAGCACUGUUUUGUCUCUUGCGGAAAAGUGGAUUCAACAGAUUGAAGGGACGGAAGCAGCGCUGCACCAGAAGAUGAUGGACCUGGAGAUAGAGAUGGAGAUGUUCUGUAAACAGAAAGGAUACCUAGAAGAAGAGCUGGACUACAGAAAACAGGCCCUUGACCAGGCCUACAUGCAAAUCCAGGAGUUGGAAGCUACUCUGUACAACGCCCUGCAGCAGGACAAGGUGAUAAAGUACGGCGAACCUCUGGAUGAGCUUCAGAGGGACGAGCUGAGGACGGCGGUGGAGAAGCUGAGGAGGCAGAUGCUGAGGAAGAGUCGAGAGUACGACUGCCAGAUCCUCCAGGAGAGGAUGGAGCUGCUGCACCAGGCCCACCAGAGAAUUCGUGACCUCGAAGACAAGACGGAAAUCCAGAGGAGGCAGAUUAAAGACCUGGAGGAAAAGGUGGUGCGUCAGCUUGGAGAUCUUGUUUGUGACUGCAGUGUUAUUUAUUUUCUGGACAAGCGUGAACCAGUGUGUGCAGCAGUGGCUGCUACUGUCAUAACAUCAGUGACUGCUGUCAGUACGGUGGUGGAUGUGUCGUGCGUUGGCCUGUUCACACUUCAGAUGUUAUUAUUUUUUGUUUUUUAUUUAUAUUUUUUUUAAAUGGGGGCAUGGGGUUCUCAGGAUGCUGCCCGGAUGGUGUUUUUUGAGCAGUGUUGGACAUUAGAGAGUUCUGUAACAGACUGCAAGGAUGGCACACAAUUAGGAAGACACAAAGCAGAUGCAAACACACACACACACACAUAUAUAUAUAUAUAUAUAUAUAUAUAUAUACCUACAUACAUAGUUUACAAACACGCAUGCAUAUACAGAUGCAUGCAGAUGCAAACACACAUGUACACACACAUGCUUGGACAAAUCCAAACCAAAGCCUGGGAAAUGUGCUCUCUGCCGUGCAGGGUAAUGAUAUGUCAUUCGCCACCAUUUAACCGCAGUGGGGAUAUAAACAGACAGAAAACUCACAGACAACGAGGAAAACAAACCACCAGACCGCAGCCUCUCUUCGUUUUCUCUUCUUUCCUUCUCAUCCUAACCUGAAAGGACGUUCCUGACGACCACUCGGUGAACAGAAGCGAGCCAACUCAGGGCCCACGAGUGCGGAGGCCGUUUGAACAGUGCUGGUCUCAGGUCAGAUUCUAGUAAGGAACACUCGGGAUGUGGUGUCUCAACCGGCUGGCCUGCCAUCGCUGUUCCCAGAAUGGUGCUUACACAGACUGUCCAGAGGUUGUAUCUGGGAAAAGGACAGAAAAACACUGCAGAAACUGGUGUGUAUGGACACUAAGCGGAGGAUACAGGACACUCAGGUUGUCUUCACGGGACACAGAAAACAGACUCGAGUGAAGGGAGAUUAAAAAAAAAAAAAAGAGAACAAUUUUGGGGGAGUAAAUGACAUUUACUGAUCCAGCUCCACAGGAAAACCUACGGAUUGUCAAACUGCUUCUUAAUUUUUCUCAAAAGCCAGCAGACUGUACGAGCUUUACUCUCUGGUUCUCAUUUUUUCCCCUUCCUUUCUUUUUUACAGCUCCCACCACUCUGAUACUGUGUCCCAAGAUUUCCACUGAGAAAGCAUCCCUAUUCUGUACUGUAAUAUAUACAUUGUUGAUAUGUACAUGUGUCUGAAUUAUUUCCUGUGGUCUCCCUUUUUAUUUUUUUAUUUCUGUGAAUAGUGGCACUCUUAUUUUACUUUCUGAAGCAGCUUGAACAGUUUAUGUACUCGGCAGUUUAUAAAAAAGGAAGGGGUAUAAAUUGCUCUGUUUAAUUGUGGUGACGGCUGCAAAGGUCGACUUUAUUUCCUUAGAAAUUACAACAGAAAAAUUGUUGGAAUAUGAAUGUGGAAUAACGGAAUACUCGCCUCCCCCUUUUUGUUUUUUUUCUCACCCUCUAUCACAUACAGUACACUGAAUAUUAUUAUUCUACUGCCUAAAAAUGUGUUGCUCUGGUUGACCAGCAGGGGGUGCUGGUUUUUACCUGAGCAACUUUCAAUUUGCCCUUUAAGGUUACAUGACCUUUUUGUCAAACUUGUAAAUAUUUACAGAUUGCAAAGUAUCUUUAUCGACUCUGGUUCAGAUUCAGAUCUAACAAUUAUGUCGUCUUUCCUUUCUUUUCUUUCAUGUGAGCGAAAAUGCGGAUAAAGAAACACCACAACAUCGCUCAUUCCUGCUUUUUACUAAUCGAGACAUCUUUGAUACUAACAACCCUCUUUUACUCAACACCAUCGGCCGUUUAGGUGUCCCCGAAAAUGAAACGGGAGAAAGUGAACGCAACGCUACACCUGCUCCACUUCUCCUCCAGUCCCCUGAAAUAUUUACCACUCGACUGUGCUUGUUCCCUUUGUACCCAGAGCUAGUGUAUCUGCCAUCGUAUCACCCCCCCCCCCCCCCCGUGGCUCCUUUCACAGGCCGAGGGUAGCUUCGUUAUGGGAUGUCAUUACAUAGCCGAGAGCAGCCACAGCCCGCUCCAUUCACUUCAACUUUCCAAGGGGAAUGACUGAGACUACACUUGUGCAAACUCAGCUAACUAGCAGUUGCCUUAAAUGCACUUUUCCCCCAUAUUCCUGCUUGUAUGUUCCUUUUUAACGAUUAUUUUUUCAGUAUGUUACAAAUAUACAUUGCAUUCCGUGUGAUGUAUAUAAAUAUAUCUAUAUAUAUAUAUUUUGUUUUUAUUUCACAGGGAAGUUUUUUAAUCUUUCUCCCGUCUGUCUUCCAAUGAGACUAUAAUCCCUCCUCCUAAUUUAGAUUAUUUAAUAAACGGUUAAAAACAAAAGAGUAAUGCUGUAAAAAUAAUAAAGAGUCAUGGCCUUUGA